GCCCCCCAGCGCCGUCCUCUCCCAUGGCGGCAGCGGCCGGGGGGGCGGGCGGAGGCGGUUCGGCGGCGCUGGGCGACAGCGGGGCCAUCGACUACUCGGUGCACGAGGCCUGGAACGAAGCCACCAACGUGUACCUGCUGGUGGUGCUGGCCAGCCUCGCCCUGCUCGUCUAUACGCGGCGGAACAAGAGGAGGAUCCUGCGCAUCUUCACUCUGCCCCCUGCAGCCGAGACGCCGGCCGAGCCCAACUUCUACAACAGCAUGAAGAAGAUCCGCCUGCGGCAACAGCUGGAGAUGUACUCCAUCGCAAGAAAAUAUGAGCAGCAGCAGCAGCAGCAGCCACCAAAACAGACUGAAAGCGUACAGCUGUCAGUGGAGUAAAGCCUACAGCUGUAGGAACUCAGGACUUAUUUCCAGAGCUGGCAAUGCCAGUUGGUGUGGAGCUAUUUUCAAUGCCUCUUAAUCGAUGCAAGGGGGAAAAGAAAGGGAUAGAGUACUCAAAGCUCUAUUCUUGGUAGCUUUUCUCUGAGCCUUGUGAAGUAAAUGGAAUGCCUUUUGAACGAGAGUAUCCAGCACAGGACAGAGCUGCUCUGAGAAACCUCUGAGGGCAGACAGGUGCAGUCUUUUGAGCACCUUGGAAAUCAGCUCCACAAGCAGUACUGUACAGGAAGUAAGGCAGUACCGGACUGCCAGGAAUCUGCCUGGUUCCUCGGUCAAGCAGUGCUGAAAUUCCUUAAUACAUUAAGUAAACGUGGGUGAGGAUGCUGGCCUCUGUGCCCUGCGUGGGCGGGCAGCUGAGAGCCACGGCCGUAGCGCUGGCUGUAGUGCAGGAACAUUGCGGUCUGUCAGUCUGUACACACUGCUGUGAGCCUUUCCUGGAGAGGCUCGGAAGUACGCAGUGAGCUGCGGGUUUAGGUGAUGCUUAUAACAAGUGCUGUGACGCUUUGGCAGCAGGAGUUAGCUACGUUUGUUCAGCUGGUUUAAGGAACAGAUUGUUUGUAAAUAUUUGUGUUAACAGAACCAGUACCAAAAAGCGUGGCUCAUCCCGAAGAGGCCUCACACCCUAACUUUUUUUUUUUUUUUUUAACUCCUCACUGUAGAUCAUUACGUUGGUUAAUUUAAAGAAUCCUUCAGAAAUGACUUUUUAAUAAAAGCAUCUAACCGUGAAAACUACUUAAGGACUUAUCUGCGCUAGUUUGUAGCACUGCACCAUUUGGCUACACUGGGACAGCACGGAGCUGGGAGCGCGCGCCCAAAGACAGGUGUCAUGAUGAGGAGCUUCUCAGAAACAGAAGUGGAUGAUGAUGAGUGGAGAUGAAGAAAUCAUACAUUUAAGAAGUUGGCUCGAGUUUCCGUUACAGGCAUGGAAAGUUUCUGAGACCAAGCCAUGCGAGAAGAACAUGAGUAAAGAAGAGGGAGAUGUAGACCCAGACUUUCUAGAAGGGAUUGCAGGAUUGAGAGGACGCUGCACAAACAUCACGUAGUUUGCUUGCUUAUUCAUUCACCUGCACCCCUGGAUUGUAAUACCUUGCUUGCAUAUCUGCUUGGAAGUUGAAAAAUCCCCUCACAUCUGUGUCUUUAAUAUAAUCAUGGCUUCAAGCUUGUUUUAGGAAGAGCAUAACUUACAUCAUUAUGGUUUUAUCUGUGGAUUAGAUGGCUGCCACUUUGUACUUUAAAUCAAUUUCAUUUUUCUGUCAAAGCAUAUGCCGAACAGGGAGAAGAUCAGACAUAGCAGUUACAGAACAGGAGAUCGGGGGGUCUUGCUUGCAUUUAAUAAACAGCCUUUGCCUAAAAGUGUGACAGGUGCUUAGGACAAAGCAAAAAAAGUGCUGUCCCUCUGAUUUGAGUCACCUUGUAAUGUAUUGUUGUUAUGCUAUCCACAGACAGAUGUUAUAAUCAAAUAUUAAUCAGUUCAGUCUCGUUAUUUGGCCGUUGCUCCCAAAAACGUUCCAGAUAGAUAAGGCAUUUUGUCAGAGCUGUGGGGAGUUCAGUGCAGAUUUCUUACAGCUGAGUUGGGAGAGCUGUUUACCGAGGUAGUUAGUCAAACAUCUUGGCUGUUACUGGAAGUACCUCCAAGGAAAUAGUAGCCCUGCUGUUCCGCACGUUGUUGUAAGACCGAUCCAAAGUUAUUAAGAUUUUAACAUUUAUGUGUUGAAACUUUUAACGUUAAAUGUAACUUUCAACAUUGAGCAGUGCUGCUGGUAGAGGCAUCCUUGCUUUUAAUAUGAAGUCUUAUCUGGCCUUUUAUCCUUAAUAAGAGGCUACGGUUAUUUUUGCACACUGGCUGAAUAUUUGGCCUUUAAGAGUAUACAAUUACUUGGAAGAGUAAAAGCAGUUGCUAAAGGACUGUUUUUCUAAUGAAAAUAGUUUGAAAUCAUAUAAUUUUAGUUGCUUCAGAAUGGAUGUGAUUAGUGUGUUGGAAGCAGUUUCACAGUGGAUAUAAAGGGAACAGUUGAGAGACAGUGGCUGAGAAUGUGUCCAGCUAUUUUUACAGCUAACUGUUGUAUUGUUACACUGGGUUCUUUUUUCACUCUCUUUCCUUAGAUAUUUCCGUAUAAUUGAACAGCUGAAUCAUACCGAGAUAAAAAAGCUAUUUGCACUUCGUAAUAUUUAUAUUUUAAAGUAGGUGUUGCUGUACUAAUUGAUAAGUAAAUCACAAUGAUUGUGAGAAAAUCCUGGCCUAUACUAUUUCUUUGAUAGAAAAUUUAAUAUGGGAUAGUAUUGUCUGUAUAAUAUUAAAAUGUUUUCAUGGAUUUUUAGCUGCUGAAACUGAAAUCAAUAAACUUCAGUGUCUGUUGCUGCAAGCAAACAAGCAAA